AUGGCAGAUAACCAAGAUAACCAGAAUAAAAGGUUGUUGAGUGACUAUACCGUGCUGAAUGUCAAUGGUGCUCAACUCAGUAUUGUGAGACCUACAGUCAAUGCUAAUAAUUUUGAGAUUAAGCCUGGUCUCAUCAAGAUGGUGCAGCAGGAGCAGUUUGGUGGAGGACCUGCUGAGGAUCCACAUGCACACCUUGCCAAUUUCUUGGAGAUUUGUGAUACAAUCAAGAUGAAUGGAGUUAGUAAGACCGCCAAACUUAGAAAUGAUAUUACCAGUUUUGCUCAGUUUGAUGGUGAAUCUUUGUAUGAAGCCUGGGAGAGGUUUAAGGAUUUGCAGAGGAAGUGUCCACAUCAUGGUCUUCCUGAUUGGCUGAUUGUACAGACUUUCUAUAAUGGAUUAACACAUUCAAUCAGAAUUACCAUAGAUGCAGCUGCAGGAGGUACUUUAAUGAGUAAGUCAACAGAAGAGGCAUAUGAGUUGUUAGAAGAAAUGGCCUCUGACAAUUAUCAGUGGUCUAAUGAAAGAGGUAUGCCUAAGAAAGUUCCAGGUAUGUAUGAUGUAGAUGGCAUAAACAUGUUGAAUGGCAAGGUUGAUUCUCUAGUAAAAAUGUUUGGUAAGCUGGGUAAUGUGAAUUCCGUUUCUAGUCCUGUAUUAAGUUGUGAUUGCUGCGGAGGAGCUCACAUGAGUUCUGAUUGUAUGCAGGUUCAAUUUGUGUCUAAUUAUAACAGGCAGCAGCAGCAGAACAACCCUUAUUCCAACACAUACAAUCCAGGCUAG